AUGGCAGGCACAUCUGCAAAACUUGGCUCACAUCAGCCUUCAAGGUCUAUUAGCUUGCCAUCUAGGCUACACCCCAAGUCCCAAAAGAUUGAAGCUCAGUUAAACAAGCUCAAGACUGAAUGGGAUUUGUCAUUUUCAUCAAGAGAAACUCCUAUUGGAAGUGACACAAUCCAAUCUGGUUUGACUGCUCUUACAGAGUUGUAUGCUUCCACUAAAGAACUCAUUCACUCCCCAUUGACCCAACAAGCUCUUCUCCAAAACCAUUCAAGAAAAACAAUGGAAGAGACGCUUGACACGUCGAUUGGAUUGUUAGAUGCUUGUGGCGCAGCGAGGGAGUUGCUUCUUGGAAUGAAGGAAAAUGUUCAAUCCCUUCAAUCAGCUCUGCGCCGGAAGGUUGUUGGAGAUUCGAGCAUAGAAAGCAAUGUACAAUCUUACAUCAGCUUUAGAAAAAAUGCUAGAAAGGAAGUGGCCAAGAGCCUUAAAGCAUUGAAAACAAUGCAAAAAAAUAAUCUUUUUGUACAUGAUCAAGAUCAUUAUCAUCAUCUCCAACCUCUUCAAAUGGUGACUAAAGUGUUGAGUGAGCUAAGCACUAUUGCUAUCUCAAUCUUUGGUGCUAUCUUUGUGUUCUUAUCUAUGCCAAAGGUGGCCAAUGGAUGGUCAUUGAUCUCCAAGUUGGUGCCUAUAUCAUCAGAAAAAGGACAGAAGAUUUUCAAUGAAGUGGGCAGUGUUGAUAUUAGUCUCUUCUCUUUGCAAUCACAGUUGAGAAAGAAUGAGACCAAGAUUGAUGUGGAGAUUGUGCGAAGGAGAUUGGAGAGUGUUGAUGUUUGUAUUGAUGGUCUUGAAUCAAGAUUAGAUUGCUUGUUUAGAUGUCUCAUACAACAUAGAGUGUCUCUUCUGAAUCUUCUUACCCCUUGAGAAGACUAAGCAUGAGUUUUUUUUUUACA